UCGUACAACCUCUUUUUUUUUUUUCUCCUUCUUCUUCCUCUCGCUCCAUACAUUUUUCGUCACUCAUCUGUCAUGAACAAAAACAACCGCCCAUUAAGAGACAAGAGCAAGUCAACUGAUCCAGACGACUGCCUAAGACGACCAGCUUCACGACCGUGCUUCAAAAAUCAAUGGCAGCGACAGCGAGAAGAGCAGGAUAAAGCAGCUUACCAACGACAUUGCGCAGAACGACUUGCCUCAGUCUACAAUGGCAAUACUACCCAAGCUAUCUUGUUUUUGAAGGCCAUAAAGGCCAACAACCGUGAACCUAUGCAGCCUUUUACUAUACCAUCCCUUGCAGCUGAUAUUUUGAAAAACUGGGAAGGCGAAGAACCCAACAGCAGCCGAACUGCUCAGCUUGCAGAAACAAUCAACAAUUUGCUCACUACCACUGCCAUCAAGGGAGUCACCGACUUAGAUGCAGCCAUAGUGAAAACUUGCGCCAACAGGUCAGCCAUGCCUGUAGCUUGCCCUACUACGACUAUGAUGGUCGCCAUAUGCUAUAUCCAACGGCUAAAACGAAAGUAUCAAAACGUAAAAGGCGCUCGUGGUUGUAGUCAGCGACUUUUGCUAGUCGCUUACAUGAUCAGCGCAAAAUACAUCCACGCUUGCUUGCGAACCAUUGUUGAUUCUUCACAGCAUCGCCAGGCUGAGCCGCAACAAAUGAAGGAACCUGUCAGUGUUUCAAUCAUGCCCUCUACUACUGUAGUCGAACCUGUUUCUCCUCAAGCACCUAAGGCUGUUCCAGUUCUUGGAUCCGCUAGAGAACCAGAUUCCCCACCUGCCUCACCGCCAAUGACCAGCGCAAAACCACCACAACCCACUGCUGCCCAACUUUACCGUAUGGAAUUGGAGUUCCUUCACUUCCUGGACUACGACCUUUUGGUCCCCAAUCCAUGCGCUCUCAUCGACUGGUGGUAUCGCUGUGUUCGCGACCAUGAUGCUUCCGCUCUUGAAUAUAAGCCUGAUGCCGUUCAAGAUGAAAAAAUAUAACCAAAUCCCAUAAUGUAAUUUCCUUACCUCUUUUUUCCAUAUAGUUUUUCUUACUCCAUUAUCUGUAUAUAAUCACAGCCCCAGCAAAACCAGUUUUCUGAACAUACGCCAUAUCUUGGGGUCACUGUUCUCACUUCCAUUCUUUCCUUAUUGCAAUGACAGAUUUCUCUAUGAAAUUUACCCCUCCCUAAUAGCAUUAAAAACCAUAGCCUGACCCCAUUUUAUUCUAAAGGG